CACCUCAGUUGAACAACAAACUGAAUCUUUUAGGGGGGGGGGGGGUAGAGUAAGCAUGUAAAAUGUUGCUAAGCAAACCCCUCUCACCCCCAGAAUGCCUCCCAGUCAGGGGCAGACUGACAACUCAUGGGGCCCCCAGGCAAUAGGGGAUCAUGGGGCCCCUGUGUCCUUGCCCAAACUCAAAAAAGCCUAUGAAAAAGGUACCAGGAGCAUCUCAUGGGGCCCCCUACUGACCCCGGACCCUCGGGCAGUGCCCGAGUUUCCAAAUGGUCAGUCCGCCCCUGCUCCCAGUGACAGAAAAAAGUGUCUUCCACUGUGGCAGAUGGACUUGCAGUUCUGAAUGA